GGCCCAAUCAACGGUUCAGUGUUGCCUGCCGGUGCCGGGGACUGGUGGUUAGAAUUCGCUGCAUUGCUUCAGGAGGACCGGACCGUGAACCCGGAGACGGUGCAUACUGAGGCGAAAGGAGGCCCAGGAUGGAGCGGAUGUCCGACGACGCGCUGAGGCUCAACUUGUUAAAGCGAGGUUUAGAGCAGCCCAGCGAGCGGGAGGAGGCGCUGUCCAAACGUUUGAAGAUGGAGGGUCAUGAGGCCAUGGAGCGGCUGAAGAUGCUGGCCCUGCUCAAACGCAAGGACCUCGCUGACUUAGCAGCCCUCGAGGUUCCAGGGCCUCUGGGAGAAGGCAAGGGCCCGGGGGCCAGCACCAUCCAUCACCAGAGCCUAAUGGGCUCUCCUUAUGAGGAGAAGCUGAAUGGAAGUCUACGGCUCGGAGGACACAGCGGCCAUAUGGGGCAGAGUAAAAACGGGAAGGAGAACAUCAUGGAUGAGCCGGUGGACAUGAGCGCUGGGAGGAGAUGCGAUGCGGACCGGUCCAGACAAACUCCGUCUCCAGACGUCAUCAUCCUGUCGGACAACGAGGCGUCCAGUCCCAGAUCCACACCUCGACCCGAGGAGCGCAUUCAGCAGGCAAACCUGGACAUGUUCAAGGGUAAGACGGGGGAGGAGAGGCAGCAGAUGAUCAAAGCUCUGAGGGAAGAGCUCCGUCUGGAGGAAGCUCGCUUGGUGCUGCUGAAGAAGCUCAGACAGAGUCAGAUGCAGAAAGAGAAUGUGGUGCAGAAGGUCCCUGUGGUCCAGAGCUCCGCCUCCUCUGUUCAGGCUCCUCCCAUCCACAGCUCCACAGGUUUGGGGAAGCUGCCCGUGAGACCGGGCCUGCACAACGCAGAGCCUCAGAAUCUCCGCACUGCACAGGGUCAUACAGUGAUCCGGUCAGCCAACAGCAACCUGCCGCCCAUGCUGAUGUCACAGCGAGUGAUAGCCCCUAACCCGUCCCAGCUGCAAGGCCAGAGGAUCUCCUCCAAACCCGGGAUGGUACGGUCCAGUUCCGGCAGCCUGGCUAACGCUGUUGGCUAUCAGCAGGCCAGCCAGCAGGUGGCAGCGUCUCAGCGCUCCAGCUCCAGCACCAUGUACAUGAAUUUAGCCCACAUGCAUGCAGCAGCGGCUGUGGGGGCCGGCGGCGUGGCGGGGGGGCUCGGAGGAGCUUCGGCCGUCAGCCCGUCCUCCAUGUCUGCCUCAGCCGGCGGCGCGGUGAGCUCCAUGAGCGACCAGGCCAGCAGUCAGGCAGCAGCCAAGCUGGCUCUACGGAAGCAGCUGGAGAAGACCCUGCUGGAGAUCCCUCCACCCAAACCCCCAGCCCCGCUGCUGCACUUCCUGCCCUCUGCUGCCAACAGCGAGUUCAUCUACAUGGUGGGCCUGGAGGAGGUGGUGCAGAGCGUGCUGGACAGUCAGGGUAAACUCAGAGGAACUUUGGCCCGUAUGGAGCCUUUCUUCUGUGCCCAAUGCCAAACUGACUUCACUCCCCACUGGAAGCAAGAGAAGAGUGGGCGGAUCCUCUGUGAGCAGUGCAUGACAUCCAAUCAGAAGAAGGCUCUGAAGGCCGAGCACACCAACCGACUGAAGAACGCCUUUGUGAAGGCUUUACAGCAAGAGCAGGAGAUUGAACAGAGGCUGCAGCAGCAAGCAGCCCUCUCCCCCAGCUCAGCCCCUACUGGGUCCAGUGUGUCCAAGACCGACACCAUGAUCCGACAGCACGCCCUCCGUCAGGCUCCUCAACCUCAGGCUUCUCUCCAGCGAGGUCUGUCUAACUCAGCCAGAGGCGUCCUGUCCAACUUCGCCCAAGCGUCUCAGUUAUCCGUGGCCAGCAGCCUGAUGGGGAUGAGCAGUGCCAAGCACUGUGGCAGCGGGGGAGUCAGCAGCAACCGGCUGCAGCACGACAGCCGCCGUCAAAUCUACAACAUCCCAGGGUUGAACAUUGCGUACCUGAAUCCUGCAGCAGUCGGGGCUCAUAAGACCUCCAGCCUAGCGGACCGUCAGAGGGAGUACUUGUUGGACAUGAUUCCACCUCGAUCCAUAUCCCAGUCCAUCACCGGACAGAAAUGAGCCCCGCCAGAGGCCGGCCUAGUCACCCUGUUCUGAUCCCAAAUCAGCCGAGACCUUCAUCUCACUACUCAUCAUCGCAUGCAGUGCCUGUCCGUGUGCCUACCUGAAACGAAAACGCCAGAACCCACCAGGCUGGACUCAGACUGUUGGAACAUCUUCCUUCUUGUUAAAGUAGAAUUGUUCCCUUUAUGAGGCCCGGUGGCAGCGGGUCCACCUGCUCCGCUGGAUCAGUCGGGCCUACCGGGUCUAUCCGGUGGUCCAGUUUGACCCGGUAGGCCCGGUCUGCUAGGUGGUCCUGUAGUUUGAGUCCAAGGUGGUUCUGUUCGUUCCCUCUGAGUGGAGGCGGUAAAUCCUCACACGGUUCUGAGUUCAUGUCCAGUUUUUGUCUCUACUCGGCUCCAGGUUUAUUCUGACCCAGACCAGACCAACAGGGUGCACUCUGGUUGCUAUGCAACGAUAAACACCACUUUGUACUUUGUAAAAGUGCUAAGUUAGCUAUCACAGAUUGGACAGAUGUAAAAGUACCGGACCCAAAAGGGCCGAGCCUGCACUUGAGAAGAGCACUCAGCAUGGAUCAUUUCAGCGGACGGGUCAGAACCCGGCCGCCAUCAGAACUCGUGAACUGGACUGAUCUGGAGACUGGUGAUGAUGUGUACAGACCACCUUUCCUCAUCUGCAGGUUUUUUGUUCUACACCUGACUCACCUGACGAGUGUGACCAAUCACAGGCCAGCGUCUGUGGCUCUGCCCAGUUUUCAGGAGGAGAAACGUCCUGCUUCCAUCUCACCUGCCAGCAGUACGAACCUUUUCUACCCCUCUUGACUUUAGGUGUUUUUGAUAAUGUACAGAACAUGAAGUCCAGAUGUGACUCCGGACCCGGGACCCGGUUCUCUGGUUCUGGUCUGUCUUUGGUUUUUAGGCUGCCAGGCUUUCCCUUCAUCUUUUCUCUCUUUUUGUUUUUGUGCGGCGUCUCCUGACGAAGCGGUGGCUUACCUGAGAGGUUUCAGCCCCCGGAGACGAUAAUCAGCCCGUAACAGGAACUCUUAAAGAUCUCUAUGGACCGUGUACAGACGCCUAGCUUCAGAGAACUAAGGAAUUUGGAUCUUUUACGGGAGAGACACGGAUCAAUCAUAGCGUGCACGCCUCACUCCGGAGGAGCACUUUUCAUGUUUCCAAUUGGAAAUGGUUUGUUUUUGUUUUGGUGAAAAGGAAACGAAUGUCGGAACAGAAGUCGGGAUGUUGGUGUGAAACGGUUCAGGGUUUCUUACUGGUUUUCUACUGGUUCUUCUGUAUUCUGCACCUGUUUGGACUCCAGAACCUGGUCCAGUCUGUGUGUAGAUGCUGCUGGUGAGCGGGGUGCAGUCCAGUUAAGCCCUGUUUGGAUCAGCUGGGUUUAGUUUAGUUACCGUCGGCAGCAUCGCCUGAGCUCAUCAGAACCAUAAAGCCCGUCUCUGCAGAGUGCGGCCCGCUGGAAGACUUCACUCUGUGGGGGGGCAGACAAUCUCCGUACCUGUGUGGGACACGAAGCCCCAGGUGCUGAUCUGAGACCAGCUCUCUUCAGAGGGUCUGGGUCGACCCUCAAAGCUUUAGUGUUUACACACCGACCCAGACUGAAGGAUAAAGGUUCUGGUUCUGGUCCAGUCCUACUGGGUCCUGACCCCAACAAGGCCCAGUAGUUCCUGCCCCCAAGCACUUGGUCCGACUUUGAGCCGGGCCUUUUGUCCAGUACCUGUUGAUUGAAACUAGUUCUGGUUCCGUUCUGUCUGGAUUCUCUUCUUGGUUUUGUCCAUUGCAGAAUUCAGUUCUGGACGUGUUUAUUUGCCCAGAACCUGAAGGACCGGUUCAGACUCCUAAACAUCAUGUUACACUCAUAACAGAUUCAGAACCAGAACCUGGAUUUUAUUCUGACAGACUGAAAACAUUUUCCAGAUGGUCCAAUCUGACUUUUGCUCCAAAGGUUCUGUUUCCUUGGUUCGCAGCAGCUCAGGUACCAGUGAGUGGACAUGCGGGCCGUGAGGGACUAGCUGAACGUUUUAUCAACAAACAGAACCACGCUCAUUCUCCCUGUUGGUCCUGUUACUGCCAUGGUUCUGUCAUUUGGAUCAGAACUUCUGAGCCGGGGUGAGGUGGGAGACUUUACCAUAAGGGUCCAAAAGUUUAAGGUUCAGAUAAAAACACGUCAGCUGAUAAAAUCUGGUUCUGUUCUCGUCGUUAGUCAUUCGUCCAGAACCAAAGAUCCGCCCGAGUCUCGUGAAACCAGUCCGGCCUGUUUCUCGUGCAGCUCCAGGUCGUAAUUGUUUCAGAUGAGGACAUUGUUUGGACCGGUUUGGUUCUGGUUGGACUUUAGAGAUCCAUACCCACCAGUGACAGAAGCGCCCCAUCUCUGAAGCCAUUGUAGAUGCUGGACCACGUUUUGGUUCCCCUUGGUGCAGGAUGGGCGGUGUGGGCGUGGUUUCAGAUCCGGGUUCUGCUCAGCUCAUCCUCUGCUGCCGACGGGAACCGCCCAUCCAUCAGCCUCUGGUUCUGGACUUACGGUCGUUUCAGAAUCCAGAAUCCUUCUCAUUUCAGCGUCCCGCCUGAGUUCUGUUUCGUUUUGAUGCAGUUUUAAAAAAAAUGUAUUGAAGAGACGACAGGAUACCUGCUGGCCUGAAGUAAUAAUGACUUAUUGUACAGAAGCUUUUUUCCUCCUUUGAACUGAAAAAGAAAUAAACUGGUUGUACAUUGUGUAGAAAAGCAAACAAAAGCCAUGAAUAUUGUGAAGCUUGUCAUUUUGUUUUGUGAUCACUGUGUAUUAUUGUGUAACUAAUGUGCAAAAUGGUAGGGAUCCCUGACCCCGCCCGCCCACGUGGUCUUGAUGAAUGCAUUUGCUUAAUUUUGUAAUUUUGGAUUUUUACAAGUUUGCAGGAAAGUGUUGACCGGUUCAGACGAGCAGCACCUGCAGGCUGAGGCCCAGAGAGGAGCACAGUUCAGACGGCUCGCUCAUGAAUAAUUAGUUCAUAAUUUGUAGUUGAUGUUCCGUUUUAUUUGUAGUAGUUUUAAAAUCCGAUCCUAAACCGUAUCUGGCCUCUGAAACCCGGUCAGCUCCGACGAGGCCCUCUCAUCCUGCGGGCAGCUGAUCCUGAAUCAGUCACCAUGUUUUCUGCCGACACCAGCAUCCAACCCGUGUGCUCCUGUACUGUUUGGCUUUAUCUCCUAUCAGUUGUUGUCGCUAAUGCAGGGAACAGUUUACUGCAGCAUCAGGUUCAUCAAGUUAAGUUUUGAGUCUCUUUUUCCAAAACGUUGACUUUGCUGAAGCAAACAUCUGGACAAGCAGUAAAAGAUGCUGAAAGCAGCCAGAGACUAAUCCAAGACCUUUUUGUUUUGCUUACUUCAAUCCUGACCUUUUGCACAUACUUGAUAUUUAACUAUCAUCAAAAAGUAAUAGAAAAUAAUGCUGUUUGAAUACUGCCAGUUGAUUGACAAUUAUGCAUUCACUGAAAAAAAUAAGCUAAUUUUGGAGGAAAUAACUUUGUAAUAUUUAUCUCUUGCAAGCUAUGUUUAAUAAAGGUUAAAACAAUUUGCUUUGAA